UAAAAGCAAACUCCUUACUUUUGUAAAUAAAUGGCCCAUUACCAGCAAGCAAAGCUCUCUAUCUUGUUGAUAGCCAAGACUUAUCAACCUCGCCACAAUUUUACCUUUCUGGGAAAUGGAGGGCCUUCCAUUACAGACCAUGUUCAGUUUCCUUUCAGUAUUCCAAUUUUCAAGCAAUAAGAGGAUCAAAGAUGCCACGGUUACAAAUUUGGAGGACCGAUUUGUGUCAUUACCAGUAAAAAGAUUGCCAAGAAGACUGCUGUUCAAGUGUAUUGGUCUCAGUACAGCUCUUCUUUUUGUUAAUGAACCAGUUCUUGAAGCAGCAGUAAUGCCAGAAAUGAAAGAACCUGAAGUUAUUCGGACUUUGAAGUUUGAUAGUGGAGUGAGAAUUCAAGAGAUUGUUCAAGGAAAUGGUCAAGAAGCUCAUGAAGGAGACGUGGUUGAAGUAAAUUAUGUAUGCCGUCGCUCGAAUGGAUAUUUUGUCCAUAGCACAGUAGAUCAAUUCAGUGGGGAAAGCUCACCUGUCAUACUUCCUCUGGAUGAGAAUAGGAUAAUCAAGGGCUUGAAGGAGGUCUUAAUUGGCAUGAAGGUUGGAGGGAAGAGAAGAGCAUUGAUACCACCUUCUGUUGGAUACAUUAACGAAAACUUGAAACCAGUCCCUGAUGAGUUUGGCCCUAGAAGAAGCCUUCUGUCUCAUGCAAGUGAGCCCUUAAUAUUUGAGCCUUAAUCGUAUCUAUCUUCACAUGCUCGAGCAAUCCAAUCGUCAUCGAGAAUUUCCUGUAUGCUGACAAUCUCUGUAAAUCUAUUAUCUUCAAUUUCUAUUUUCACUUCUAUUUCUUGAUUAUUCGAAAUGAAUUGCAGAAAUGCCAGAUAGGAUCGCCAUCAUUUCAUUUCCGCAUCUUUCUCCAGUAAGAUUUUUGAAGGCUACUAAAUGUAGAAGAUUAAAUAUAGGUAAAAUGUUUAAGACUUUAAGCUACUGUUCUGAACAAAAUAACUACCAUGUAGAGCUCGAAGUUGAACGUAGUGAAGAAGCAACAAUAGAUGCGUCACUAGCUGUACAUCUAUUGGAAGAGAGCAGAUAUAUUAUAUCAGCGCACAAACGAUGAUCAGAAGAAGCAGAAGCGCAGCUGCUACGAGAAUCCAACAGAUUGUGCAAACCAGCGUCCUGAGGAUGCUCAUUAGAGUAAAUGAACCGGAUUGUUUCAUCUGCUUAUCCAAACAAGAAGAGAUGUUAACUUUAGGAAACUAUAAAAAAAUAUAGAUAAAGAGGAAAUUGAAAAGAUUGUUGAUUCUACCUGCAUUCGAGUUUGGGCCGAAUCCUGUGACUGCACAAUGUAAAAGAGGCAAGAUGCAGAAGUCAGAAGCCUUAACCUUCAAAAUCAAGAGAGACUCUAUAUAAGCAUACUCACAAUAAGAGGUUCAAACAUAUCUGGAUGAUCUUUGGAGAAGGAGGACUUUAUAUCAUCUGCAUUCAAGAAUAAAAUUCGGACCAUUUCUUAGACCAUCAAUGCCAUAAUUUCAGAGUAUCAGAACAUUUCGAGUAACCAUGUAUCUCUAUGAAAAUGUGUGUUUAAAUUUGGAAUGGCACAUUAAAGAAAUAAGAUACAUGCAAGUGAAGAGUUACGUGCCUAUGUUGCACGGGAACUUCUCAAAUCUUACGUUUCGGCAUUUUGUUUCAAAAAAGGUUUCUGAUUCGCAAA